GAUCGAAUAUUUUCGCAAUUCAAUAUCGAACAUAACGAUAGGGAAAAUUACGCUUUUCAUGUGACCGAGAUCGGGAAAAAAGAGAUAGGUCCUAGUAUAAGUGAUGACGAGUUGAUACAAGAGUGCAUGAGUGCGGACGACCGCGGAACCUUAAAGCUUUUGGUCAAGCGGAUGCGACCGCGGGAGUCAUCUUACGGGAUUCCAUCGCAACCUCAUAAGAGGUCACCCAGCAAUACAUUGGAGAGCUCACCUUCGUUCAAUUCCGGAGAUUCGCGUUACCGAAGACCCGCGCCUUACUCUCCACAUUCAGAGGUAGAACAAAGUUAUCCGCCUAUAAAUGAAGAGCAACGUCGGUUUCCUAAUUUCACCGGUGGAUUUAACCCAAGAAUUCAAGACAGGUGGAAUGUCGGUGUUAUAUCGGAAGAACCUUCGGACUCCAACAAAUUCAAAGAUUUUCAAGAUGUUAGAUUCCCGGUACCGCAUAUUGACCAACCGGGUGGUCAGAUUUCUGCUUACCCGUCACGACACCGAAAAACGGGAUCCGGUGAUCAAUAUAGAUCACCGAAUCGUGGCGGAAACCAUACUUCUCAAAAGCCACAAAGAAUUCAUCCUCCAGCUUUACAACCAGGACGUCGGAACAAUGCAUUACUAUCCGCAACUCAUGGAAGCGGACUUUAUCCCCGCAAACUUAGUAAAUCACAACCAAACUUACCAUUUUACCAGGCCGUCCCUGCUAAUUACAACGCUCGAGUCGUAAGUGAACCUGAACAACGUUAUCAACCUAAGCACCCAGUGAUAUCUGAACCUGACCUUGCUCGUAGAGGGCAGGUUAUCCUACCGGAAAGCGAAGAGAAGCCUCUAUGGCCCAAGAUUACAUCCCUGACCGAUAAUGAGGUUUCGUUUUGGGCUGAAGAACCCAAGCCCACUUCGAGCAUUCCUAACGACCAUGAUGAUGCAAAUGAUGGAAUUUGGGCCGAUGAACCCAUGUCCACUUCGAGCAUAUCUAAUGAUCACAAUGAUUUGGAUGAUGGAGUUUGGGCCAAGGAACCAAAGCUCACUUCCAGUAUACCUAAUGACCAAGAUGAUUUAGAUGAUGGAAUUUGGGCAAAGGAACCCAAGCCCACUUCGAGCAUACCUAAUGACCAAGAUGAUUUUGAUGAUGGAAUUUGGGCCAAGGAACCCAAGCCCACCUCGAGCAUACCUAAUGACCAAGAUGAUUUUGAUGAUGGAAUUUGGGCCAAGGAACCCAAGCCCACCUCGAGCAUACCUAAUGACCAAGAUGAUUUAGAUGAUGGAAUUUGGGCCAAGGAACCCAAGCCCACCUCGAGCAUACCUAAUGACCAAGAUGAUCUAGAUGAUGGAAUUUGGGCCAAGGAACCCAAGCCCACCUCGAGCAUACAUAAUGACCAAGAUGAUCUAGAUAAUGGAAUUUGGGCCAAGGAACCCAAGCCCACCUCGAGCAUACCUAAUGACCGAGAUGAUUUAAAUGAUGGAAUUUGGGCCAAGGAACCCAAGCCCACCUCGAGCAUACCUAAUGACCGUGAUGAUUUUGACGACGAAAUUUGGGCCGAAAAACCAAAACCAUCGAAAAAUGAUGAAAGUUCGAACGAUAAACAAUCGACUGUGCUGCAGAGACCAGAUCUAGGGGAUUCAGCAAUUAGUUUAAGCCACGAUACACCUUUUGAAAAUCCUGAUCAAUCUAUUAAGAGAAUCGAUGCGAAGAGUAAAAAUUCAAAAUUCCCCACUCGCUUGAGGGAAUCGAAAUCUUUAAAGCGUGCCGUGUCACAACGUAAAGGAGAAAAGAUGGAAGAGUCCUGGAUUGAACGUCCAAAUGCUGAAGACAUAAACGAAGAUCUUGAACAAUAUUUUCCUGGUCACGAUCUAGACAUGCCAAUUGCAGAGGCUCAUGGUAGUGUACAAAGCGUAUCAGAGGAUGGAGAUUCAUCGCGAGUUGCAAGCGUACCUGAGAAACCAAAGAUUUCGCGUGGAAAGUCUAUUCGUGUUGCCGCUUCUGAAGCACGCGAACGGGAACGUCGUGAAAGAAAAACCAAAACUCAAAAUAUAGUAAAUACUGAGGUUAAUGAAAAAAAGCUGACCAGAAAACCGACAACUAAACUUUGGGGUAGACGAGUUGUUGAGGAAAUACCCUCAAGUAAAAAAAAAAUUCCUUGUCCUAAUUCUACAUCUGACGAAGGUUGUUCCGAGAGAAAACCUGUCAAAUGGGUUAAAGGUGAACUGAUAGGUAAAGGGUCGUUUGGUAAGGUCUACCUUGCCAUUAAUUUGACUUCUUCUGAAAUAUUGGCGGUAAAGCAAAUCAAGUUGCCAAGAACUAAGAUGGAUCAGAGAACUGAAAGGCAGAAAGCCCUGAUAAAAUCUUUUAAAGACGAGAUGGAAAUUUUGAAGGAUUUGGAUCAUGAACAUAUUGUAACAUAUAUUGGUUACGAAGAGAAUGAUGAUACUGCAAACAUAUUUCUUGAAUAUGUUAACGGUGGAUCCAUUGGUACGGUGUUAAGAAUGUACGGCGCAUUUAAGGAGCCUGUUGUAAGGUCGUUUACACGUCAAAUAUUGUUAGGCCUUGAAUACCUGCAUGAGAAAAGUAUACUACAUAGAGAUAUUAAGGCGGAUAAUAUCCUUGUAGAUGAAGAGGGUUGCUGCAAAAUUUCAGAUUUCGGAAUAUCAAAGAAAUAUGAACACGGAUACGGACACGACUACAACUCCAUGUCAUUAAAAGGUACAAUAUUUUGGAUGGCACCAGAAGUAUUCACUAAUAAUUAUAGUGUCAAAAUGGAUAUAUGGAGUCUCGGGUGCGUAGUGCUUGAGAUGUUUGCCGGUGAAAGACCGUGGUCGGAUCUAGAGGAUCUUCCUGCCAUGUAUAUGCUCGGAACUGAAAAAAAGGCACCGCCAAUAAGAGAAGAUAUUGUGAUGUCAGAUGACGCUCGAGAUUUUUUGAACAAAUGCUUCAUAAUAGAGCCAUGUGAUAGACCAACAGCGGAUCAACUCUCACUUCAUCCGUUUACCAUAGAAAAACCAGGUUUCCGCUUUAAAGAUUACAUAAAAAUUCCUAGUUGA